UAUGAGUGUGUCUGUGUGUCAGACGGUAUUCCUGCUCGUCUCGCUCCACCAGUUAAAGUUAAAUCAGAGGCAGUCACUGGCACACUGCGGUGGUCUCUCUCUCUUUCUGUCCUGCUCUGAAAGCAUCAACAGCCUCCUGGUUCUGCACCGCAGGUCUCGCUGAGGCCCUCGCCCAAGGCCUGUAUCAGUCGCCACAGACGCACCCUGCCGACAGGGCCCCUGUUUAAAACUCCCAGGAUCUGGCACUAAAAAGUGAAAAUGCAGAACAUAACUGCAGGAGCGACAGAACAACAGAUAAUUCUGAAAUGCGGCAUGUCCGGAAGCCAUGAAAUCAUUUUCACCCUGGUACCCAUCGUCUAUGGUUGUAACUUUGUCAUCGGCAUUGUCGGAAACAGUAUGGUAGUGGCUGUCAUCUACUGCUACAUGAAGCUUAAGACAGUGGCCAACAUUUUUGUGCUCAAUCUCGCUGUUUCCGACCUCACCUUCCUCAUCACCCUACCUAUGUGGGCUACAUUCACUGCCACGGGCUACCAUUGGCCCUUUGGAGGGUUCCUGUGCAAGGCCAGUGGAGGGAUGGCGAUGUUCAACCUCUACACCAGCGUCUUCUUUCUCACAGCACUCAGCAUUGACCGUUACCUUGCCAUUGCCCACCCGGUGCGAUCACGCAGGUUCCGCACUGUGGCGUAUGCACACAUCACCUGUGUAGUGAUCUGGCUUUUCGCCUUUGUGCUUAGUGUGCCCUCCGCACUGACAAGGGAUGUCUACAACAUCGCAGACUCUAACAGCACAGUGUGUGCCGUUCUGCACCCAGGCACCAAAAAUGCCAAGGGGUUAAAGGAGCUCCUGCUUGCCAUCAGUGUGAUGAAAAGCCUGUUGGGCUUCCUGGUGCCCUUUGUCAUCAUCAUCACGUGUUACUGCCUGAUCGGACGGGCGCUGGUUGGAGCAAGACACGUUCAGAAAAGCUCUCGUUCCCGGGAUGAUGAGGUACUGCGCAUGCUUGCAGCAGCUGUCCUGGCCUUCUUCCUGUGCUGGGCGCCCCAUCAGGUGUUCCACUUAAUGCAGAUGCUCACCCAGCUGACACAUGGGGAUAACUGUGCCAUCCUGGAAAUCAUUGACACCGCCAUGCCCUUCACCAUCUGCAUUGCCUACAUCAGCAGCUGCGUUAACCCCAUUGUGUACGGCUUUGUUGGGCACAACUUUCGCAAGAACUUGCUGCGUCUGUUGCACUGCUCACCAGGUGGAGUGACAGUUCCUCACCCGAGCAUCAGCUCCAAGAUGAGCUCCCUUUCUUUUCGUGCCUCUGAGGCCUUGAGCCUUACAGCCAAAAGUAAGGCCUCCUCUGACGUUAAGUGAUAAAAAUAAAUAAAGAAAGAGGGUACAAGUUCCCUCUCCCUGGUCUUUUGGUCUGUGGUUAAGGGGCUGGGGUUGGAGACAUUCCAUGCUUUUAAAACCCCAACUGUAUUACCAAGCACUGAACCAUGCAGAAUGGUUGAAAUGUUGUAUUCAUGUUCCUCUGUACGCAAGUCCAAGAGACAUUCAUUACCUUGUACAAUGCUUAUCUGCUGAAUAAUUAUUCAUCAACCAUCACAUGUCACAUAACACUUACACUCACCACAAAAGUCUGGUGAGAUACUAAAAAAAUACAGGAAAUAACCAUAUGAAUGGAGAAUUGACUAGAAACGACUAUAUGAAAUUCCAGAUCGCUUAUCCCGUUAUUUAUAUAUAAAUAUAUAUAAGAUAUGCAUGUACUAGCCAAUGUGCCUUCCGGAUACAGUGCAGUGAUAUGUUGUCCUGUGAUAAUCAGUCUGUGUGCGCAGCAUGUUGUUCACCAUUUGGAACAAUGAUCAUGUGGGGGGGGGGGGGAAUAAAUAAAAAUCAUAAGCCACCCAUGCAUGCUUUGCAGGGUGGAAAAGUACUAAAAUGUCAUGCAAGUUUAUAUCAGUUAAUAACAUAUUUAAGAGCGAUAACUCAUACCUGUACGCUAUGGUAUGGUAAUGUCAAAUUAUGUGCUCCUUGUGAUGUUUGCAUGAUAAGAUUAAAAUGCUGAAAUAUUGCCUACUCUGGGAGUAACAUGCUGUAUAAAUUAGAGUGCUACACAAACACUCCAGGUAGGGUGGUCGUUGUCAGUAUCUCUGGUGGUUGUCCUUGUGAUAUUUAAACAUGUUGAUUUUUUUUCCUUACUCUUUAAGUGUACAGUUUGUGAAUAUAUGAAAAUAUGAAUAAAAUCUCUACAAUCUGAA